CCGCACAGAGAGAGGAGUGUGUGCAGAAACCAGCUAGCCAAAUACAUUCUGCCCCUUUCCAUCUCUGGCUCUGCUCACAUUUGGCUCUCCACCAUAAACAUGUGGAAGAUUGCAGGGAAGGCAAUAUAACCCUGUGUGUGGAAAAGGUCUCCCACCUGCGAGCUCUGGGAGCGUAAAGAAUAGAAAUCCCGAUCUACCUCCUCAUCCUUCCUCAUCUACUUCCUGAGUCCAGUCCAGAAUGGACAUUGGACAUUACCUGCAACGAAUCAGGUACCAGGGCCCCACACAGCCUUCUCUGGAGACCCUGCGCGGCCUCCACCGGUGCCACCUCCUCUCCGUGCCCUUCGGGAGCCUCAGUAUCCAUUCCGGGGAGCCCAUCGUCCUGGAAGUGUCCUCCCUCUACAACAAGAUCGUCCGGCAGCAUCGGGGUGGCUUCUGUUUUGAGCUGAAUGGCCUCUUCCUGUGGCUGCUGCAGACAUUGGGAUUUGAUGCCAAAGCUAUGGCCGGGCGCGUCCGGAACCGUUUCACCGGCUGCUAUGGCCCCCCGUUGGACCACAUGGUGAUUUUGGUGCAGCUAGGUGGGCGCCAGCUGCUCUGUGACGUGGGCUUUGGUGAAGGCUUCACGGAGCCAUUAGAGCUGAAGGCCUCUGUGGAGCAAGUCCAGGAAGGUGGCAUCUUUUGGCUGGGCCUCCAAGGAGGCGUCUGGGUGCUGGAACGCCGAGAAGUCUCUGGGAAGGAGGGGAGGCCCUUAUAUCAGUUCACCCUCGAGGAGAAGAAACUGGACGAUUUUACGGGCAUGUGUCUGUAUCACCAGACUUCGCCCAGCUCCAUAUUCGUUUGCAAAUCCUUCUGCUCCCUGCAGAAAGAAAAUGGCGGGCGCCUCACCUACAUGGGUUGGCGUCUCAUUUCCAAGAAGGGAGAGGAGCGUACAGAGACCACCCUGCAGAGCAACGAGAUCCCAGUGGUGCUCCGUGAGAAAUUUGGGAUCAAUCUGAGCGGGGACUUCAAGCCAAAGGAUGAAGAAAUCCUGCCACCCCUUGAGGAAGUUUAAUGAGGGAUGGUGGAAAUUGCUCCCAAUCAAGAUAAUAGCCUAAAAGAUGGUUUGUAAAUAAUUUCUCAGGGUGUAGCUCCUAGCCACUGGCUAAGUGCCAUGAUGUCAUGGAAGCGUCACAAACAUUCUAAUCUCUAAAGAAAGGGGAAAUUUCAUUUGUUUGCUCCAAUCCCGGACCUGUCUGUUAACUUCCACACUCUUGCUAUUUUGCAAAUGUAGUGAAAUAAAAAAAUUAAGGUCUUAUAUAUAUAAUAAAUGUUCAUAGAUGUACCAAGCAAACGCACAUAAAUAUAUAAACCACAUGUCUGAAGCAGCACAGGAAAACAGCCCUGGAACCAUUUUGACUCCCAAACUGACCAAAUGAUUUCUCUGCAAGGUCAAGGAAAAUGGAAAAGCCUCCCCAUCGUCUUUUCAUUCACAAAUCCUGUCUUAAAGGUAUGUCUGUGUAUGAAUAGGGUGAGCCUGUGACCUGGCUCAGGAACUAAGUUUUUAUCAUUACAAAAGACUGGCCAGGCUCUCCAGGGUAUCCAAUCAAGUAAGCAUUAACAGGUAACUUGCCAGACAGGAGGUAAACAACGCACUCAGAUUUCUGUUGUAGACUGCCCUUUCUGUGAUGUAGGUAAUGAUGUGUCAGGGGGUGGUCUUGAGCUACACCCCUUCUGUGAUGUAUGUAUGAUGUUUCUGGGGGUGGUCUUGUACUCCAGGGCGGGCAACUUAAAAUGUCUAUAUAAGGGCGGGCACACCUUGGUUCUGGGUCCUCCUCCUUCUCCUGCGUGUGAAGGGGGCACCCUGUUGCAACAGUUCAAUAAAGAUCAGGUUUACUAU